CUUUAACAUUAACACACUUGCCCUUUCCACCACAAACCCCUUUCCCAUCAACCCUUCUCCUUCAUCUCUAUCUCCAUUGCUAUAUAUAUUUCUCAUUUUAGAGUUUUAUUUUAACAAAUUUAGAAUAAUGUUUACCAGAAGACACUCCAUUUUUUGUCUCUGUUUUAUCCUUCUUCUCCUCCAUCAUCUCCAUGCAACUCCAAUCAAAACCGUGGUCGUUUUAGUGAUGGAGAAUCGUUCCUUCGAUCACAUGAUCGGAUGGAUGAAGAAACUCAACCCCAAAAUCGACGGUGUUGAUGGUUCCGAAUCCAACCCAUUAUCAUCCUCCGACCCCAACUCUCGCCGCUUCUUCUUCAAGAACCAGGCUCACUUCGUCGACCCUGAUCCCGGCCACUCUUUCCAGGCCAUUAGGGAGCAGAUAUUCGGUUCUAAUGACACGUCAGCUGAUCCCCCGCCCAUGAACGGCUUUGUUCAGCAAGCUUUCGCCAUGGAUCCCUCCUUGAACAUGUCUUUGAAUGUCAUGAACGGGUUUGAUCCUGACAUGGUCGCCGUCUACAAAACUCUUGUCUCAGAAUUUGCAGUGUUUGACAGGUGGUUUGCAUCGGUGCCUUCAUCGACACAACCAAAUAGACUAUACGUCCACUCGGGGACAUCAGCGGGUGCUACAAGCAACAUUCCGUCAUUGCUAAUCAAAGGCUACCCACAGAGGACAAUUUUCGAGAACCUCGAUGCGGCCGGAAUAAACUUUGGAAUAUACUACCAAAACAUUCCGGCCACAUUGUUCUAUAGAAACCUGAGAAAGGUCAAAUACGUUGGAAAAUUUCACCCCUAUGCCUUGUCCUUCAAGCAAGAUGCAAAACAAGGCAAGCUUCCGGGUUACGUCGUGGUGGAGCAGCGGUACACGGACUCGAAAACUGAGCCCGCAAAUGAUGACCAUCCAUCACAUGAUGUGUAUCAGGGACAGAUGUUUGUGAAGGAGGUGUAUGAGACUCUGAGGGCCAGCCCGCAGUGGAAUGAAACUUUGCUUGUAAUCACGUAUGAUGAACAUGGUGGGUUUUUUGAUCAUGUGGCUACGCCUGUUCGUGGGGUCCCUAGUCCUGAUGGGAUUGUUGGGCCGGAGCCGUUUUUGUUCAAGUUUGAUCGGCUAGGGGUUCGGGUUCCUACCAUCGUGGUCUCGCCUUGGAUUGAAAAAGGCACUGUUGUGCAUGGACCUAAUGGAUCACCUUAUCAGACGUCGGAAUAUGAACAUUCUUCUAUUCCGGCAACAGUCAAGAAACUCUUCAACCUGCCCUCAUUUCUUACAAAGAGGGAUCAGUGGGCUGGCACCUUUGAGGGCAUUGUCCAGACUCGGACAGAACCCAGAACUGAUUGCCCAGUGCAACUCCCGACACCAGUCAAGAUCAGGCCGGGUGAGGCGAAUGAAGAGGCGCAGCUUAGUGAAUUCCAACAGGAGUUACUGCAACUCGCGGCAGUGCUAAAAGGAGACAAUAUCUUUACCAGUUUCCCAGAAAAAAUAGGAAAGGACAUGACUGUCAAGGAAGGAAAGGAGUACAUGGAAGAUGCAGUAAAGCGCUUCUUUGAGGCAGGAAGACUCGCUAAAAGAAUGGUAGUUGAUGAAGAACAAAUUGUACAAAUGAAGCCCUCCCUCACUACAAGAUCAUCAAAACCUUCUAUGAAGCAGCCAUAAUGAAAAACAGAAACACAGAACUGCAUUGUAUCUUUAGAGACAUUAACAUAUAACAGUAGUAAUGUUUCUCUGAA